GAUUAAAAUGGCGGCGGCGUGAAGUUGCAUGUUGUUGUGGGGGGGCCCCGCUGAGUCCGUUGGGAGGAACCGCCAGUUGUAGCCGCCGCCGCGAUGGCGGUGACCGUCACCCUGAAGACCCUGCAGCAGCAGACGUUCAAGAUCCGGAUGGAGCCUGACGAGACGGUCCGAGUUCUUAAGGAGAAGAUUGAGGCUGAAAAGGGCAAGGAAGCCUUCCCAGUGUUGGGCCAGAAGCUUAUCUAUGCCGGCAAGAUCCUGAGUGAUGAUGUCCCCAUCAAGGAGUACAAGAUUGAUGAGAAGAACUUUGUGGUGGUGAUGGUCACCAAGAACAAAACAGGCUCAGGAGCUCCUGCACCCUCACCCAGUGAUGCAACACCCACUUCAGAGCCCACACCCUCCUCUGGGCAGACACUGCGGCCUACAGCAGUUACGGUUUUAUCCCCAUCAGCAAUUCCAUCAAGUGAGGAAAAGCCUCCUGAAGAGACAGUGACCAUUUCCCCUUCGGAAUCCAUAGUUGGCUCUGUUCCCUCUUCAGGUAGCAUGGGACGUGAAGAUGAUGCAGCCUCCACCUUAGUUACUGGCUCGGAGUAUGAGACGAUGCUGACUGAAAUCAUGUCAAUGGGAUAUGAGCGAGAGCGGGUGGUAGCAGCACUCCGGGCCAGUUACAACAACCCUCAUCGGGCUGUGGAGUACCUGCUAACGGGCAUCCCAGGUAGCCCAGAACCAGAGAGUGCACCCAUGCAGGAGAGCCAGCCCCAAGAGCAGUCGGCACCAGAAGGAGAGAAUCCUCUGGAAUUUCUACGAGACCAGCCCCAGUUCCAGAAUAUGCGGCAGGUGAUCCAACAGAACCCAGCCUUGCUCCCAGCACUGCUCCAGCAGUUAGGCCAAGAGAACCCUCAGCUGCUGCAGCAAAUCAGCCAACAUCAGGAGCAGUUCAUUCAGAUGCUCAAUGAACCUCUGGGUGAAAUGGCUGACAUCGCAGACAUUGAAGGGGAGAUGGGUGCUAUUGGGGAAGAAGCCCCUCAGAUGAAUUACAUCCAGGUCACGCCUCAGGAAAAAGAAGCCAUCGAAAGGUUAAAGGCCCUGGGCUUCCCUGAGAGCCUGGUGAUCCAGGCAUAUUUUGCCUGCGAGAAGAAUGAGAAUCUGGCGGCCAACUUCCUGCUGAGUCAGAACUUUGAUGACGAGUGAUAAAGGAAAAGAGUUUUAUAUCAAAUUCUCUAUAUAAAUAUCCGUUUAUUUAAAGGGGCACUACUGGGGUUGGGGGGUGGUGUGAUUUUAGAAUGUCCCAGGCGAAUUGCUGGCUGGAGGAAAAUACUCUACCUUGGAAGCUGGGCAGUUGGGGAAAAAGCAGAACAAACGGACCUUCUUUUCCCCUCCCCCCAAAACAACGACUGCAUUUGAGCCCAGAUGCAUCCCAUGACAGUCCUUGGGCUGGCAGGCAGGAUGUUCAGGGAAAGGUUGACACAGCAGAUGGGUUCUAUUGGACCUUCUCCCAUCUGAGCUGAUUGCGUGUGUUCAAACAGAUUGCUCUUUUGUUUGCAGAUUCCCCCCCCCCCCCAUCAAUGCACGCUACUACAAUGCCUAAAUAUGUCUGUGCCCAUCAGUUAAUUCUGUCAGUAGUAUUAUCCCCUUCAGUUGCCACCACUGUCCUUUGAAACGAGUCCAGCUGUUCAUUCCUGUUCCAAAGCGCCACAUGUGCUGGGUGGGUGAUUUGUCUUCUGAUUAUCUUUUUGAGAGCUCUGCUGGCAUUGAAGAGGCUGUCCUGUGGUUGCAUAAAGCCACAGCACAUUUCCCUACUCUGUCUUUUGUCCUCUUAAGGCAACCACCUACCCUCUUACCUGCAGCACCUGGACACUGUUCUUAAAUCCAUUCUCAGAAGAAAUCCUGAAAAUCAGGGCUGAGGAACAGUCACCCUUUGAUCCAGCCAGUUUCAAACACUGAGACGCUUUCACUGUUUGAACUUUUCCCUCUUCCUUUGGCAUCUCAGGUUUUUGUCCAGCUGUUCUGCAGAACUAGAGAUGUGGUUGAACUGCCUUUGAAGUCUCAACUCCUGGGAGUUGCCUUAAGCAAGGUUCAACCUCCAUGUAAGAUAGAUCAAAGUAUACUGAACAAUCAUUUAACAUUAAGAUCUUGGAAUUUGCAAACCUAAUGCAAUAGCAAAAGGAGGUCUAGGUUACAAAACUGUGUAGUAGUCUCUUAAAAGUGGCUAUUUUGGAGCAAAUGCUCAUUGAACGAAACCCCAUUUCAAGAAUGUUCUGCAUUGUGGAAGUUUUAAGGAAACUAAUAUUUUUUAGUAUUAACCUGAUUUACCUGUUCAAAAGAUUCUUAUAUUUUGAAGACUUCUUUUUUUAAAAGAAAACACAGUAGUAGUUGGGAGAUGAAAUCUGUGUAUUAGACAUUUUGGGGAUUUUACUUUUUAAUUUUUGGAAAAAGAUAAAACUGACAUAUUUUCACAAACAUUCUUUAUAGAGAAAUGUGUAAAAAGAAAAUUCCUGUUUUGGUGUACCUUUCUGAAACUUGAGUUUGAGCUGUGACUACAUCUGAACCUAUCCUGAUUGAUCUCACCAAAAAGCUGAUCUAAUCUAUGACCCUUUCAGUCCCUGGUGUCCAAUGAAAUUGACAAUUAAUUCCUACAAGGGCAGGUGCAAAAUUGCAACGUCUUUCCCAGUUUAGAUCAUCCAUCACCUUUAUGUGGGGGUGUUGGUCAAAGUUGUUUCUGUUUUGAACAUUAAUAAAACUGUCAGUUAUCACCUGUUAAACCCCCGUUUCCUUUGAUAAACCAUGAAAUUUACUGUUGCCUCUCUUCCUAUUACCCCAAUAACAAUCCUGUCUGGCGGUCCCACUCUUUCCUCAGCACAUGCCCUCUCAAAGAGAACCAGAGUAUUACCUCUAUGCCUCAAAAAUAAAUUCUGAAGCCAUAAGUUACUGCUAAAUUGUGUGAUAAUGUUGUGUGGCUAUGACUGACAGUGUGCAAUAUGUUUUGAAUAAGCUAAAUUAAUUGGAUUUUAAGGAGGAUGGUAAUGGGGUUAAAGAGGAGACAGAAAGUUCUCAUUCUUAAGCUUGAAAGAGUGUUUAGAGGAAGAUUUUUAGGCUCACUUUGUUAAAUAAGAAAAGCUGCUUCUUUUGGCUAUGCUAGAAUAAGCCCAGAACCACUGAGUGACCUCUCCUGAGCAGCAGUUGACUUCAGGGUGCUGUUUGAACGUUGCUUUGGCAUGGCUGUGCCAUCAGACCUUGUGGCUUGUCUUAGGCCUUCAGACAACAACCUGGAAACCAGCUGAUGAGGUGACCUGAACUGCUUGCUCCAGGUUCUUAACUUCCCAGCUAAAAAACACUGCCGCUGACUUCUGGCUUUUUUUUUAGACCAGGGGCAGUUGAAUAUCGGGGUGGGUUGUUGAGGUAUUAAGUGUGUUGCCCAAGAGCCGGAUUUGGAUGCUGAAUGCUGUGCUUGAGACCUUGGGAUUUAAAGGGUGAGGGCGUCAGUGUUCUGUAUAGCUCCUCGCACCUCCCCAUGACUGGCAAAUACUGAACCAAUUCUGCAAAAUAAGCAAAUGUAGACAAGCUUGCUUAACUUGCAAAAUAUGUAUAUAACACAAUUCAACUGCUUGGCACAGAAUUGUCACACAUACUCACCCUCACAUGUAAUCUCCUGGAUGCUGAACUCUUGAUGAGAAAAACUACAGCUGCUUAUUUUUCCAAAUAUGGACACAGAGAACUGGAGGAGGAAGACUAGUGGCUUGCAAAGAAAAGUUUUGAAGCUUUUUUGCCCUCAUUCAGAAAGCGGGGUAACGGGAUGUUAAGGUUCAGUUGGGGGGCCUUACCCAAGUGCAAGCCCUGUCAUUUUUACCCUUUGACUUUCCCUUUGGUCUGUGUUGGCUUGCAGAGUUCUAUCCGUGCCUCCUCUCUGUCUCAGGUUGAAAUGUUCUGGGUACUGUGAAUGGAGUGUGAAAUAAAUGAGUUGUUGAGGCCACUCAAGUGGCAGGAAA